AUGGCAGAUUCUUUGUCUUAUAGGGAUCCGAUAUCUUCCACCGUAGGGAGGAGGAUGAUUUUCACAGGUCCUGAUGCUAAAAAAGAUUAUAAACCAAAAAUGCCUUUGCACACUAAAUAUGUUGGGGAAAAGCGUCCAGUAUUAGAAGCAACCACUGACCUCGAUUACUUAUGGAGACCUGCCCCAAACAAGAAUUUUAUAGCAAGAGAGAAACACUUCUAUGUUGGUGAAAUUGGUUGGGGCAUACCAGCAUUGAGUUAUACCAAUGAUUCAAGACUUCAGACAGGUUGGAACAUAAAGCAAGGAGAAUUUAAGAAAGCUGCAGAGCACCAGGUCACUCACCGGUACCAAAAUCCAUGGUACCCUAACCCUCGAAUUCUGGAUCUGCAAGCAGCAAGUCGAUCCAAUCUUGCCUGGAAUAUCGGUGACCAUGAGAAUAUCUCUGAAAGGCAUUCCAAGUGGGCUAAAAUCGUCAGGAACCUGAAGAGCAUGAGAUAUUCUAGCUGCGCAUCGAUACCCAAAGUGGACCAAAAGAUAGCAUUCUCUCAACCAUUAUCAUCUUCUCCAAGUCACUCUGAGUCCCAAGAUCAGUAUCGUCAAACUACUCUGGAUCCCCAGGUGACUAAAGUGUUAGAGAAGAACCUGAAUGCCAUGAAGUCAUGUAAACCAAAGUCUUCUAAAGAAAGGUCCACUUCCAAACCAAACGGGCAGUGA